AUGUUUAACAUAAAACACAUCGACGAUCCUUGGAAAUCUCUUUUCCCGGUCGUAAUUAAUCUCACGAUGUCGGUGGGUGCGUAUUUUUUAACCGUACGGUUAAUACCGGGAAUAAAAGAUAUGUUUAUUAAAGCUAACCUAUAUGGGAUCGAUAUGAACAAAAAUAGUGGUGAAAAAGUACCAGAGGCAUUAGGUGUUGUCAGCGGAUGCCUCUUUCUUAUAACGCUCUUUCUGUUCAUUCCUAUACCAUUUACAAAUUACAUAUUCAAUGAUAUAAACUUCCCUCAUAACGAGUUUAUGGAAUUUUUGGCUGCUCUACUUUCGAUUUGUUGUAUGCUACUUUUGGGUUUCGCUGAUGAUGUUCUGGAUCUUCGUUGGCGGCACAAAUUAUUGCUACCUACUAUUGCUUCCUUGCCACUUUUAAUGGUGUACUACAUUAAUUUUAAUUCUACGUUAAUUAUUGUGCCAAAGCCCUUAAGACAUUGGUUUGGUUUCUCAGUGGACCUCUGGAUAUUCUACUAUGUGUACAUGGGAAUGCUGGCAGUGUUCAGUACAAAUGCUAUAAAUAUACUGGCUGGCAUAAAUGGUUUAGAAGUUGGACAAAGUUUAGUAAUUUCCAUAAGCAUUCUUGUUUUUAAUAUUAUAGAAUUAUCGGGAGACCUUUGGAAAGCACAUCAGUUCUCGUUAUAUUUUAUGCUUCCAUACAUAGCUACUUCAUUGGGUUUACUGAAAUUUAAUUGGUAUCCAGCGCGGGUAUUUGUAGGUGACACGUUUUGUUAUUUAUCUGGAAUGACAUUUGCCGUUGUUGGUAUUAUCGGACACUUUAGCAAGACAACUCUGCUAUUUUUCAUUCCACAAAUAAUUAAUUUCCUUUAUAGCGUACCACAAUUAUUUCACUUUAUACCAUGUCCUAGGCACAGAUUACCAAAAUACAAUAAAAAAACGGACAAAUUGGAAAUCAGCCGUACAGUAUUUAAUAAAAAAGAUAUUAACGUGAUCGGUAAACUUAUAACAUGGAUAUUUAGGAAAUUAUAUAUUGUGAAUUGGCAGGAGGAUGAAAAAGGUGUCGUUACUUGCAAUAAUUUCACUUUGAUUAAUUUCGUGCUGAUUAAAACUGGUCCAUUAAAAGAAUCUACACUCACGUGCAUCUUAUUGUCAAUUCAGAUUAUUUGCAGUUUAUUAGCAUUUGUAAUAAGGUACCCUCUUGCUUCAUUCUUCUACGAUGUUUGAAAAGGCACAUAUUUAAAAACGGGGUAUAUAUAGCGUCGUAUAAAACUGCAUCACUUGUUUCAUAAUGAAAUUAUAUAUCGUUUACCAAAUAUCUUUUAUAUAACAAUUUUUAGUACAUGUACAAGUACUUUCAAGAUAUUGUAUUUAUUAUUAAUUGUAAUUGUACAUUUAAUAAUCAUUGUAAACGGUGUAAAUAUCAUUGUACUUUUCUCAGGAAAUAAAUAUGCUCCUUUCCAGUUUGUUAAUCA